AUGACGGAUGAGGCGAUUGAGGCGUUGGAAAGGAGGUGUCAGGAGUGGGAUUUGGUGGAUGAGCUUGAGAAGAAGAAGAAGCUGUCGACCGCAGGCCCCUCCUCCUCUGGUGCUGGCACCUAUAAACCUGGCGCCAGAACCCCCCACUUUAAAAUUGCCCAUUCCGGAACCACCUACUCUGGCGCCAAUACCUACAAGUCCCGCGCAGACUGCGCCAUCUGUCUCGAGUCCUUCUCUACCGAACACACUAUUACCGCUCCCUGUAAGCACACUUACUGCUUCACCGACCUCAAAGACCUCUUCAUCCGCGCUUGCAAAGACGAACAACUCUUCCCCCCGCGGUGCUGCAAGCAAGAGCUAUCCGUCGAGCUCGCCCUCCCCCUCUUGAACGACGACGAGGCAAUCGAAUUCCUUGAAAAAAGCGAGGAAUUCACCUGUAAGGACCGCACGUACUGCUUCCAGCCAUCAUGCUCCCGCUUCAUCCCGGCCGAGAACAUUUCGCGCGAUGUAGCGACCUGUAACGAUUGCUAUUCACGGACAUGCAAGCUGUGCAAGAAGGAGGAGCACGACAGCGAAGACUGCCCCGACGAUCCGAGUAUGAAGCUUACGCUUGAGACUGCGGCGGCAAACGGAUGGCAGAGGUGCCAGCAAUGCCAUUCGCUUGUGGAGAGAUCGCAUGGGUGCCAGCAUAUGACGUGCAGAUGUAAAGCCGAAUGGUGCUACCGCUGCGGCGUCACAUGGAAAACGUGUGAGUGUGGUGACUGGGACGAGGACCAUAUUCACCGGCGAGCGGAGGAUCUGGCCAUCCGCGAGAUGGGCGCCGGUGCCGGAGUGCGGGCGUUGGCGGUGCGCGCGGGGGCGAUUGUGGCGGACCUCAGGGUUAACCAUGAGUGCGUUGUGUAG